AUGCUGCCGCACGAAGUCAGGUUGGCCAUCUGGGUGAUGAUGGGCUUCACAGCCAUCCUCACCAUAUUGUUCAACCUCUUCAUCCUACUGAUGAGCCUCCACAGCUACAGGCACAACGGCCACUGGAUGCCCUGCGAGACCAUCAUCACGGCGCUGUCGCUGGCCAACGGAGCCUACCAGCUCGUCUCCUACUCCUGGGUCACCUUGGAGGAGGUGGAUAGGAUGUGUUACCUGGACAGAGAGAUCUUCUCCUUCCUGCUGGUGACAGUCUUCAGUCUGAAGUUCACCAUCAUCUGGAUCACAGCCUUUCUCACCUUCUUCUAUAGCACCAAGCUGGUGAUCGAGCCCAUCCAUUGCUACACCAAGAUCCAGGAAGCAUUCCUCAAGCACGCGGGCACGGUGGUCGUGGUCAUUCCCAUCUGCGGCUUCGGCAUCUGCAUGCCCCUGCUGACAGUCUUCGACGCCACUAACUCUACGGUGUCUAACAAUUACUGCAGUACCGUGACGACCGACAGUCACACCGGAGGCAUCUACCUGGGCUGCUACCUGCUGAUCUCUGACAUUGCACCCGGCCUGCUUAUACUCAAGAGCAGCAUCUCCAUCACUGUCCACCUGGUCAUCCACUUGCGCCACAUGAAGGCCAGUAACAAUGGCUUCCACGUCCCCAAGCUGAGCUCCGAGAUGCGGGUGGUCCGCAUGACCCUCAUCCUGGUGGUUGUGUUCCUCUGCUUCUUGUUUAUGGACCUCUUCACAAACUAUGUGACUGUGGUGCACGGUGAGAACAUCAUGGAGAUCACGAUGUUCUUCACCUCCCUCUACAUUGCUAUCAGCUCCCUGGUGCUCAUCUAUGGGAAGAAGAGCUUCUGGAAGGGGCUUCUUCACCAGUACAACGUCUUCUUGGACGAGUUCCUGUGUCUGCGUUGCCUCAAGGUGCCAGAGACCAAGGCCAAAGUCAACCCAGGUCCAGGACAUUAA